CGUCAUUUGUUAUCAAUUUUUAUCAGAAAAUUAUUUCCUUGAACAAGUGCAAGUACUCGCUGUUAUUCUAGGUGAAAAGUUUUGGUUCCGUUCAUCUAAAACUCAAGAAUUUCAUCGUAUAAUCUUGCUUUUAGCUUCACCAGGUUCUUUAUCUUAUUAUCUCAGAAAGUGAGAAAUAGUUGAGUAUGGCAAUCUUACAGACUUUCAUUAUGUCUUUCUACUCUUUCCGCCCAUGAAAUUAGUAAUGUUUUGUGCAAUGUGCAGUGUCAUGGCUCAGCCAAAAAACUUUUUCAUUAAAGAGUUCUUUAUUUAGUUUGCUUCUUUGCUGCUCCUUGUUAUAAAAGUUCAAGUUUGGAUUGCUUAGUUCUGACUAAGAACUUAAUCGUAACGUUGGGUGAACAACUGAUCAGGCGGCAGACCACAAACCACAUUCAAAGAUGUAUACGGAAAAAAAACCAAGUCUGAGAGUGGGAGAAGCGGAUCUUUUGUGCAUAAAUGGAUGUGGAUUCUAUGGAACCCCUCACACUCAAGGAUUUUGCUCUAAAUGUUACCGACAAAAUCUUCAAAGACAGCGACAGUCUAAAGCACCAGAAGUAGAAAAAUCUUCAAAUAAUGAAUCUCCCAAAGCUCUCUCAAGGUUCACCAAGUUUGAAGAAAAGAAAAGACAGCAAACAGACAAAAAGAAUAAAUUUCUGAAACUACCCUUUUACGGCAAAUCAUCAAAUUCCAAAGCAACCCCCCGACUAGCUGGAUCUCAAGUGGUCACAGGAUCUGAAAUCGAAGCAGAAUUAGAUAGAAUCAAACAAGAAUAUGAUGGUGUGUUGAAAACAGUAGGACCAGUAGUAGUGAAUGAUAUAGAGGAAGCUAUUGCCUUUUUCCUGAAGAAGUUGUAUUCAGAUAUCGAAAAGGAAAAUCGUCCCGUUGAGGAUAUCGCGGAUCGUGCACAAACACAGUAUCAGAUAUUGUCGAAAAGAAUGAAUUUAAACAAUGAUUAUGCUCAUGUAAGCUCAGAAGACAAAGAAAUGUUACUUGAUUAUGUGGAAAAGUACAUAAUGACCUGUCUGUAUAGAUUUUUAUUCUGUCCUCCAUCAACUGCUGAUGAAGAAAAAGAUCUGUCAAUCCAAAAUCGGAUUAGGAGGUUGAACUGGAUUAAUGCAAAUCACUUAGAUUGUCGUAUAGAUGAAACUAAUGCAGAUGUGAGAGACCUAGUUUACAACUCUAUUUUAGAAUUACUUAAUAUGGAUUCAGUAAAGACACCUCAAGAUAAAUUGGCUUGCAUAGUUCGAUGUUGUCGCAAUAUUCUCUCAUUACUCCACUGUUCUGCGGGUGGUCCUGCAUCUGCAGAUGAAUUUCUUCCAGCUCUAAUAUUUGUUGUACUCAAAGCCAAUCCAGCUAGGCUAAAAUCAAACAUGAACUACAUCACAAGAUUUUGCAUUGCAAGUCGAUCGAUGUCAGGAGAGGGUGGAUAUUAUUUCACAAAUCUAUCUUGUGCAGUUGCAUUCAUCGAAAAUUUAACAGCUGAGUCACUGAAUAUGGACGAAACAGAAUUUGAGCAGUACAUGUCGGGGAAUAUCGCUCCAACAAGUACUUGGGAAUGUGCUCUCGUGAUGUGUGAAGGCCUACAUUUGAUCAAUGAGCACCUUGCAGUAUUAGCGGACUUGAAAAAUCGUCACAAUGUUUUCAUGGAUGAUGUCGCGAAAUUCAAGUCCGAAAUGAACCAGUUCAAAGAAACAGUGUUGAAUAAAGCUGAAAAAAUAACACAAGAAAGGCCGCUGGUUUUAAAGCCAACCAAAGUACCGACUGCCUUGGAUGCAGAUGAUCCAAAAGUCCAAGAGCUACCUCCUCCGAUCAUUCCAUUUGUUGUCUCCGGCAAAGAAACUACUUUGUCUGGGAAUGAUGACUCUCCUUUUGGCACGGAAACAAUCGUGAAAUCAUCAUUACUCACCAAACCAUUAUCGCCAGUUUCACCCUCUUCAAACUUACCAUCAACCACGGCAGACGAAACUCUGACAAAUGUCCAUUAUGAUUUUGAUCUAUCAGAUAUCAGCACAUCAGAAACUGAUGAGAACUUGGGUGGAUACCAAGCUCUAAAAGCCCCAGCCUCCCACCAUUCCUCCGACAUUCAUUCCAUUGAUACUGAGUCGAUGCAAUCAUUUGAUUUGAAUUACUCGAUAGACUCAGCAACAAACACCGACAGAAACAGUGUCGAUUCACUUUCUAUAAAUGAAUCCAAACGACCGUUGCUUUCAUCUCCAGUCAGCGAUGAGGUUGUUACGACAAAUCCAAAAUCGUCAGUUUCUCUCCUGGAUGAAACUCAGUCACCCUCUGAAACUGGCUUAGCUUUACAAUCACCCCUUCAGCCAGUCCCUACGGUUGACUAUCAGGGAUUCUCCGUUCAAGGUUGGCAGAUUCCUAGUAUUCCAUGCGAAACAGGAGCUGCAUGUGAUAAAAACAAAUUUAAGGAUAAUUCAGCAGCAAAAUGAUAGGUUUUAAAAAGGAGGUGUAAGUCCUGUAAUUCACUAAUUGUCCUUUUUGAGUCUUUUUCCAUCAUAUUACUUAUUUUACUAAAUUUUUAACCAAGCAUCGUUUGGUGUGAAAAAUGAGAGUCAGGUUUCUUCUGCUCCAACAGAAAUGUUUUAUUCCAUUGAUCUGCAAUUUUUCUUUUCCUCUGAAUUUUUCAACUUUAUCUAGAAUCGGUGUUCAUCUGUGAUGGAAUAGUUAAUUUUAUCAAGUAUUAUCUUCAAACUUAGCCAAGUAUGCUUCUCCGAAUACUUUUUACAGAAUCCACUGUCUGAACUUUGGACCUCGUCCUUUCUUUCAAAAUUUGGCAGUUUCUAGCACUCUGUAAGUCUCAUUAAAGUCCAAAUAAGCUUUAAGAUUAAUGGAAAGUGUUUAAAAGUUUGUCUAAGUCAAAAGAGUGUACCUCAAAUACAAUGAGCCACCAAACAAGGUAUUGAGUUAAAGCACCACUUAUCAUGUUUCCUCCUCAAAAUUACUCAAGAACAACUAAUCGCACAAUAAGAAGCCUGACGAUUAGCUCCUGAACAAGAUACAGGUGUUUACAAUCAACAUUAGUUGAAUGGCAAAAAUACAAAUCACAUCAUUAGUAUGAUCCAACUUUCAUUUAAUAUUUGUUAAAAAUACUUGUUAAUAUCUCGUUCAGGGGUUGGUCCUCACUUUCCAUUGUAAAAAUCGUUUUGUACGCAAGAUUUUGAAUAGAAAACGUGACAUUUCCCUCUAGUCCAGACCUUAUCUAGUAGCCCAUUGGAUGGACUUAAACAGAUUCAGCCUAAAUGCUAUUCUUGUUGCCUAAAUUCCUCUUUUGUUUUAUUUUUUCAAGAGAGAAAUGAACAAUAAAAUGUCUCCAAACUUAUUUGGAUUGUCCAUAGAUUAUGAAGGAUAUACACACAGAAUUUCAAAUCAGAGUGUUGCUUAGUUUACUGGUAAAAGAAUAAGACACAAGAAGAAAUUAAGCAAUGGCUGAUGUAGUCAGGCUUGAUUUUGGUUAAAUCUAUCCGAUCGCAAAUUGUUUUUAUUUUUUAGCAGUACAAGUUGUUCAUACCCAGUAAGUUUAAGUAAUUCUCUUGUACUUACUUCCAAAGAACAAAAGAGGGUUUUGAAUUUAUUUUAUUCUGUUUUAUUUUUGUAUAUUUUUAACUUAUGAUUCAUCAGUGCAAAGUUUAAAAGCCUAGUUUUUCUUUUCAACUUACAAAAACUUGAAAUAAUUACAUUAUGUCUUUUAACAUCAAAAUUUUGAAUACAUAGAAUCAUCUAACUUUAAAAUAAUGAAUGAUAAUUAAAAAUUUAAAUUAAUAAUAAUUUAAAAUUUGAUGAUAAUUAAACAUUUUCUCUGGAGUCUUCUAUUUGUAUCAUUCAUCUUCUAAAAUGUUUGGGGAGAAUCAUUGAUGAUUUGAUGAAAAUAGGCAUUCGAUCUUUUUAAAUCUAACAGGAGCCAGUAUAACUAGUGUUCUUUUUGGCCUUGAAUAAACUGAGAAAAAUGUUCCAGUUAAUAAUUCCCAGACAGGAAUUGUCAAGUCAACCAAAAAUCUCCUUACAGUGACAGGAUAUCUCCUAAAAAUGACAGAAACACUGUUUAAAGUAUGGAGAUUUCUCGUUGACUCAACAGAAAAUCUUACCUGAGAAUUAUCAAUUGAAAUUUCUAUUGAUUCAACAGAAAAUAUUCCUCUGUGUAGUCUCUAUUUGCCCCUUUGUUUAGCACUCAAUCAAAGGAAAUAUUCAAUCAUCAGUGGAUUUGAUUUGAAGUAGGUAAAAAUUUUGCUCAUAAUUAAAUGUUAAUCGAGUCGUUGGUUUAUAUGUUCAUAAGAAAGAGCAUUAGAAAGUUCCUUUUUCAUUAAUAAGAGUUGCAUUGGGUUUCAAACAAUGCAGUUGUAGCUUAAUUUUAUGUAUUUUUUGUCUGCAUGUCAAACCAAAUCUUUGUUUUAUUUGUUAAAUCAUUAAUAUAAUGAGUCUGAUAUUUUA